GUUAAUUUUUAAACUGAUCGUUUAACUGUUGUACGCCCUCAAGGUUAACCUGGGAGAAAAGGCACACAAUGGGAUAAUUAUAUUGGAGAAAUUUGUCGCGAUAAGACUUGUUUUAUCUGAAAAGGCGGCACGCGACAAGCGUGUGUUCACUGUUUCUUGUACAAGUUUUAGUGUCUUCGUGUGACUGUAGAAUACGCUGUACAAAUUAACGUUUUCUCAGUAACAUGGACAGUAUUCAGUGCGGCAUGUCGGGGAUAAGAACAAAUUUGACAUGCCUUGCUUGUCUUGCAUGUUUGAGCACAUAGGUCUAUAGUUGAGCAAAGUCAUCAUGAGGUUUCAGUCAAUGAAUGGCGCGAGCUUUUUUGCUUCUAACAUCCCGCCUCCAAGUGGCCAACAGAGGGCGCUACAGCACAGCAGCUGUGGCUGUCAUGAAUGAGGCGAUGCAAGGGGUCAUGACCUCCAUUCAUGAAGCAGGUACAUAUAAACCAGAACGUGUGAUAACAACACGCCAAGCCACUUCCAUCAAGGUAGAGGGAAGCUCGCGGGACAUUUUGAAUUUCUGUGCUAAUAAUUACCUGGGCCUCUCGAGCCAUCCUGAAGUUGUUAACGCAGCAAAGGCAGCACUUGAUGAGUACGGUGCUGGGCUCAGUUCAACAAGAUUCAUCUGUGGUACACAGAAUAUUCACAAGGAUCUUGAGCAAAAGAUUGCCACUUUCCAUCAAAAAGAAGAUGCUAUCCUGUAUGCAAGUUGUUUUGAUGCCAACGCUGGCCUCUUUGAGGCUCUCCUCACACCAGAUGAUGCCGUGAUCUCGGAUGAACUCAACCAUGCAUCAAUCAUUGAUGGAAUAAGACUCUGCAAGGCUGAACGUUAUCGCUACAAACACAUGAACGUGGAGGAUCUGGAGUCUAUUUUGCAGAAGACCCAACAUUGUCACAUGCGGAUGAUUGUCACUGAUGGUGUCUUCAGUAUGGAUGGAGAUGUUACGCCACUCAGAGAAAUCACAGACUUGGCCAACAAGUAUGAAGCGCUUGUGUUUGUCGAUGACUGUCAUGCCACAGGGUUCCUUGGCAAGGCUGGUAGAGGAACGGAGGAAUAUCUGGGAAUUGAUGGGUCAUCUGACAUUAUCAAUUCCACUCUGGGCAAAGCGUUAGGAGGAGCCUCAGGUGGCUACACUGCUGGACCUAAGUCUCUGACUGACAUGCUGAGACAGAAAUCUCGUCCCUAUCUCUUCUCCAACACUCUACCUCCACCUGUAGUUGCUUCAGCAUCAAAGGUUCUAGAUAUGAUAAUGGAAGAUCCUUCCUUGAUGUUGAAGCUUGCUAGUAACACCAAACUCUUUAGGGAUAGGAUGACGCAGGCUGGCUUCACCCUCUGGGGGAAAGAUCAUCCAAUUUGUCCUAUCAUGCUGGGCGAGGCCAGCCUCGCUGGUCGCUUUGCAGAAGAAAUGUUGAAACGAGGCAUCUACGUCAUCGGUUUCAGCUUUCCCGUUGUACCACAAGGUAAAGCUAGGAUUAGAGUACAGAUCUCAGCUGCACAUUCUGAGGAGGAGAUUGAAAGAUGUGUUCAGGCUUUCAUCGAUGUUGGAAAAGAAUUGAAAGUCAUCUAAGGGGGAACUCUGGAUCGGUGCUGACAGGCUCAGUCAUGGUAACAGAUAAAUGACCAGGAACCACCUCAAACCUUGGAAUGAAGUUGGAAUGAAAACACCAGCUGUAUUAAUUGAGAUCACCUGCUGCUGAAGCCAUAAGAAACAGUAAAUAGGGCCACAGGGUAGGAAGAAAUGGCAACUGAUGCCGUCUAUAGUGGUUUUUACAGAUGCAUGCACUGUUUCCAGCCAAAUCAAACUAUAUAAAAACAGUGUCAGGAAACAUGAAGUGAUCUCAUAUGGAAACAUCUGUGCAGAAUGCUACAAUGGAAACUUUGCUCAUCAAUAUGUAAGAUAUACACAAGAAGCUGUCUGGAAUGCUCCAAGUUCUGAGGUGACUCCUUCGCGCUGGAAAAUCUCCAGAUUCUUGACACGUUUUCCUGCUUGUAAGUGACUUUGUAAAACACGCCCAUGCACACAAUCCUUAAGGUACACGUUAAUUUCCAAUUCAGGCUUGUGGGUACACCAUGGAAUCAAUCUCUUUUGGAAAAGGUGUGGUUUUUAGAAGAGCCGCUGAGUGUUCACUGGACGUUUUGGCGGGGAGAGCAUCCUGGCCGAAACGUGCAGUUGAUACCAGUUCUUCUCAGAACCGCACCUCUUCUGAAGAAAUUGAUUCCAAGGUGUACCCACCAACCUACAGCUCAUGUAACUUCCAAUCUUACUAAACAUCUGCUCCCGCCGUUCUGUGAAAUUCAAUUAGUAAUGGGCGUGGUCUAAAGUGUAAUGACGUCACGCUGAAAAAUGGAAUACACACAAUUUUUAUGAUUAA